GCACUGUCAAGUGUCAACGGAAGAAUCAAUCACAACAAACAUUGUUAUUUUUAGUGUCGGUGCUUCGCGGGGAGGCCGGGAGGCGCUAUUCGCUAACCAGCGGACGGCGCGCUACGACGCCGGCAGUGCGCAGUUUCGCCACUCUUCUAAACGAGUUACUCGAGGCACGAGCCAUGUUUUCGCCGUCUGAUUUGAUGAAGCGCGUAGGCGUGGGCGGCGGGCUGGUGCCGUUCUUCAAGUGCGUGUGCGUGUACUUCCUGGCCGCGGGCGGAGCGCCCAGCCCCGGCGCCGCGGCCGCCAAGUGCGCGCCGGUGUUGUGCCUGCUCGCGGCCGUACUGCUGCAACACGGUUUACUUAUACCGUAUGACAGACGGCGUUACGCGCGGCGCAUCGCCCUCGGGCUGGCGCUGUCGGCCCUGGGCGACGCUCUGCUGGUGUGGGAGCAGCACUUCGCCGCCGGCAUGGCGGCCUUCGCGCUCGCGCACGUCGCCUACAUGUGCGCCUUCCGCCCGCGGGCGGCCGAGCGCCGCGCCGGCGUGGCGCUGUACGCCGGCGCGGCGGCGUACUGCGCCGCGGUGCCGCCGCCGCCCGCGCUGGCGGCGGCCGUGCCUCUGUACGCGGUGCUGCUGGUGAGUAUGGCGUGGCGCGCGCUGCGGACGCUGCCCGCGCGCACGUGCGCGCGCUCGUACGCGGCGCCCGCCGGCGCGUUGCUGUUCGUGCUCUCCGACGCGCUGCUGGGGUACUCCCUGUUCCGCGGGCCGCUGCCGCACCGCCGGCUGCUGGUCAUGUCCACGUACUACCUGGGGCAGCUGGGGCUGGCUCUGAGCGCGCUGCUGCCGCCCCCGCCCCCGCUCGUCGCACACUAAACUUCUCUUCCUUGUAUGUUGUCGGUGUCGGCCCUAAUAUUAGUAGCUUGGUUAUUUUUAAAGCUUUCGGAAGCCA